AUGAUGCUGGCCGCCGUCAAUCCUUAUUCAUCGUCGUCCAACAAUCACUUCCAGAUACAGGACGUCACAGAUGAUCCGGAGUACUCAUCAUACGGAAAUGAGAAUGAAGCACCAGAAGAAGGCGCAUUGGUCGAGUAUUGCCGACUCGACAAGCAGAAACAGCCGAGUGUUCCACGAAUUUGUGACGCGUCUACAGUAAUUUCGGCAAAAAUUCGAACACCACCGCUUGUGACUCGCACUGCGAUGUCUUCGGCUACUGGCGCCAAAAGCCGCCAGCUGAACAUCACCGAUGUGCCCGAGGGCGCCAAGUGCCGUGUGGUCGACUGUCGUUGCGUUGAUGCGCUGAGUCGUGUCGCUCGCAACACGUACCGUAACGUGGAACACGUAUGGGUGCUCUUCGAUCUACCUCUCUGCCGUUCUGUGAAAACUACGCCCCGCCCAUCGCCAAUAUAUCCUAAUUCGACUCGGCGAGUUUUUCCGCCGCCGCCGCCUCUGCCAGCGUCAAUCCGCAGCCGCCGCCGCCGCGGCUACUCGUCGGCUCUUUGUCACAUCUUGCGCUCUCGCGCUCGCGAUUCGCUCCGCCUACCUCGCCUUCCCGCAUCCGCCGCCGCUGCUGCCGCUGACGCUGCCGCCACCACCACCACCACUGCCGUCGUCGUCACCGUCCCUUCGUUUUCCACUCCACUCGCCGCCAUCCUGAGGGCAGUCGACGCCACGCGUGUGAAAAUUCCCCGUCCGGCCCCGCCGCCGACGGCAAUGGCCGCGCGGCAACGACGCGGCGCACCACGAAUUCGCGCCGAUGUCGCUGUAAAGGUUUGCGUCCAUUGUAAGUGUGACAAGAGUGAGCACGAGUUACCGCCAAAUCAGGCCGGAAGCGUCUACGAACGACUAGGAAUCAAACCACCAGCCAAUAUGCCAAUUAGCAACACUCGUGACGACGCACCCGGUUCUGUAAGCCACGGUUACGCAUGGGUCCCACCUGGAUUGACGCGUAAGAAGGUCGAAGAAUACAUGGCACAAUUACCGAAUCAUAUCGUACCAAGAGUGAAUUCUAGCGGUGAAAAACAUCGCGAAAAACAGCUCCUCACUCAGCUACCACGGCAAGAUUUAUCGGUCGCCUACUGCCGACAUCUAGGAAAUAACACUGAACGAAAGGUUUAUGAGGAAUUUAUCAACGCCCGGAAUGAGAUCGCCCUCGAUAUCGGAUAUGUAGCAGCAAAUAUACCGAAAAGAAUGGAAUGUCACAAAUGCUCCGGAAUUUUGGAACGUGAUGAGAUGGCUGUGAUAGCUCCGAAAUUAGGCGAAUCAACCGGUUGGCAUCCGGCGUGUUUCACUUGUACCACCUGUGAACAGCUCCUAGUUGAUUUGACAUAUUGCGUAAAAGAUGAUCAAAUCUAUUGUGAACGUCAUUACGCCGAAUUGCAUAAACCACGUUGUGCAGCCUGUGAUGAGCUCAUCUUUGCCGGUGAGUACACAAAGGCGAUGAAUAAGGAUUGGCACAGCGAUCAUUUUUGCUGCUGGCAAUGUGAUCAAACACUAACUGGACAAAGGUAUAUUAUGCGAGAUGAGCAGCCGUAUUGCAUAAAAUGCUAUGAGGAUGUGUUCGCGAAUCAAUGUGAUGAGUGUGCUAAACCGAUUGGAAUCGAUUCAAAGGACCUUUCAUAUAAGGAUAAACAUUGGCAUGAACAUUGUUUUCUAUGUAAUAUGUGCAAAAUCUCCCUUGUCGACAUGCCGUUCGGUAGUAAGAAUGAUCGAAUUUUCUGCUCGAAUUGUUAUGAUCAAGCGUUCGCCACACGUUGUGAUGGAUGUAAUGAGAUAUUUAGAGCAGGUAUGAAAAAGAUGGAAUACAAAGGAAAGCAAUGGCAUGACAAAUGUUUCUGCUGUGCACAUUGCAAAAAUCCGAUUGGUACCAAGUCAUUUAUCCCGAAAAAUGAGGAUGUCUAUUGUGGAUCGUGCUAUGAAGAGAAAUUUGCUACCAGAUGUAAUAAAUGCAAAAAGGUUAUAACAACCGGCGGUGUGACAUAUAAAAAUGAGCCAUGGCAUCGUGAAUGUUUCUGCUGCACCCAUUGCAACGUAUCACUAGCAGGUCAAAGAUUCACGAGUAAGGAUGAGAAACCGUACUGUGCCAACUGUUACGGAGAACUAUUUGCAAAACGAUGCAACGCAUGCACAAAGCCCAUUACUGGUAUUGGUGGCGCAAAGUUCAUCUCGUUCGAGGACAGACAUUGGCAUAACGAUUGUUUCAUAUGCGCUCAGUGUACGACAUCAUUGGUAGGAAAGGGAUUUAUCACCGACGGCACGGAUAUUCUGUGCCCGGAAUGUGCUAAGGCACGGCUAAUGGCCGCAAAUUCAUAA